UUGCGGGUGCGCAGGCGUUGGGGCUCUGCCUUUUCUCUUGUCUAAGCAGGCUGCGGCGGGAAACGCCACUGGCAACGGGGCCGCCCUUUCAUCGCAGGCGGGCAAAGGCAUGGGGAUCGGGGAGGCGAACGCAAUGCGAGAAGAGAAGCACCAUCCCAGUUGCCUUCGCCCUGCGCUUCAAACGGACCGCCCAGCGGCAUUGAAGCUAUCCUCGCUGCUUGUGUUUGUGUGUGCGUGUGUGCGCGUGCGUUUGCACAGGGUAACGGUGCGCCCAUCCUUUCCUGCGGCGGGCGUGCGCGAGGUGGCGUUGUUUGCACCUGUUUAA